UCAAUUUCUCUACAAUCUCUACAACUCUGAAUCUCCACAUUCUCUCUCUUUAAACCAAACACAUACCAAAAAAAAAAAAAAUUGCUCCCUUUAAUUUGAUAAUAAGAUGGUAGGUAAGAGGGGACGUCCUUUAAUGAGGAGAACAACGAGCAUGUCAGGGAUCACCGUUGAUUUGAUGAGCAACGGAGAACGAGAGCCGUCUGAUCAUGGGACUACUAAGUUGCUAAUUGUUGAUGAAAUUAAAGCUAAUAAUAAUGGAUUAUAUGCUCAUGAUCAUCAUGAUAAUCAACACGUGUCAUCAUCAAGAUACCAUCAUAGAAGUACAAGUGAAGGUUUACAAAUAGAGACAGCUCAUUUCUUGAGGACUUGUGGACUUUGUAAUCGCCGGUUAGCACCUUCUCGUGAUAUCUACAUGUACCGAGGUGAUACUGCAUUUUGUAGUAUGGAGUGUAGGGAACAACAAAUGAAAAAUGACGAAAGAAAAGAGAAAUCAAAGCUUAUCCUUCAAAAGAAGACUGAAAAUCAUCACAAUUACUCAGAAUUGCCCUCUGCUAAUUCUGAAAAUUCUAGCAAGAGUAAAACUAUUGCAGCAGCUUGAAGAGAAGAAAAUGAUGUGUAUAUUUAAGUUGAAAGAACUUAACUUAUAUAGUACUAGUGUAACUAAAUUUUAUAUUAUUAAUGUAAUAUUAACUUGUUAUGAAAUGCUUUCUGCUAUAUAUUUUCAGGUAACUAGUUUAAGUUACUUAUGUAUUAUUUGUAUUAUGUUUU